AACUCCUUAGACCAAUGUUUAAUAAAACCAAGGGACCGGUUGGCUUUGUUAAUUAUCUGAUCAAUGUGAGAGUUAAAAUUUAACAUUCUAUCACAUAAGACGCCCAGAUUACACAUGGAUUCUGCUAUUUGGAUGGGUGGAAGAUCUGUCAAACUAGUCAAGUUUUCUGAGUGCUGUGUAAAAUAAAUUCAAAUUGCAAAAAUUAAGAAGUAAAUAAUCUGAAAAAGUAUAUUUAACUAUCGAUAAAACUAUAUUGUACUGCCAAAAAAUCAAAUUUGCGUAAGUCAUAGCUCUAAGAUCAAAUUAUAUACAAAAAUAAAUCAAACCACCAACUACGUAUGAGUUCUGACCCAAGUACCCCAAAAACAAGAAAGCACAAGGCAUCCGAAACCUCCUCUGAACAAGAAGAAAAGCAAAGACUUAAAACCCUAAAGCAACAAAACAUGAUUCUAGCAAAUGUCUCAUUGGAGGAUUUAAAUAAAAUGCUUGAUGAACGCUUUAAAGAUCUCCCUACAAAGAAAUUUCUCGAGCCUGUGCUAAACGAAUUAUCCCAGCUCCGAGAAUGCAAUAACCAACUUCAAACUCAAGUACGUGGUCUAGAAAUGAAAUACGAACAACUCGAGCGACGAUUUGAAAUAUCUGAACUACAACUACGAGAGCAGAAUAUAAUUUUCCACCUCCCAGCUACGAACAACGAAGAUCCAAAAGAACGCCUACAAAACACCUGUUCUAACCUCACCAUCGCAAAGAAAAAUGUCACAUUCGAACAUUUCCAGGAACUUUCCACCAAAACAACAAAAAGCAAAAUAUUUCGUGUAAAAUUAGAAAAUGGGCAACUAGCUCGUGAAAUUUUGAGCCAAGGAAAAUUGCUGGCAAAUAGUGGCAUAUCCAUGCAUAAAGAUUUUCCAAUCGGAAUGCGUCAUAGAAGAUCAAUUCUACUGAAAGUAAGAAGGGAAGUCAAACAGCAGAAUCCAGAGCUCAGGGUCAAUCUCAUGGAUGAUAGACUGCAUAUUCAAGACCAUUGUUUCACUUGGAAUGAUUCAAGGGGUUUGUUGUGUGAGAGAAAAUUUUAUGAAAAACAAUAAUCACUUUUCGCGAAAUGUCACACAAACGUCAACGUCAAUAGAAAAUGGGCUCCUGCCCUCUAGUGGCGAGAAUUCGAGAGUCGAUAAUGCAGUGUCUGCUUUAAUGGCAGGUUCGCACUAGGAAUUUGAAGUCAGCCAGAAAACUGAAAAUAAUAUUAGUUUUAAGAAAAUUAAAAUACUUAGUUAUAAU